AUGUUAUGAGUUGGAAUAAAAUGAAUGUAUUUCAUUGGCAUAUAGUGGAUGCUACUAGUUGGCCGGUAGUUAGUGAAAAGUAUCCAGAGUUGAGUGAGAAAGGAGCAUAUGACUCUAAGAAAAUGAUUUAUACAAAAAGAGAUAUUAGGAUCGUUGAUGAAUAUGCUAGAACGAGAGGAAUCAGAGUUAUACCAGAGUUUGAUAUGCCAGGACAUACUCAUGCUAUAGCUGCAAGCAAGCCAGAAAUUGCUGAACCGCCGAGUGGCCAAUUGAAUCCUGCUCUACCCGAAACCUAUACUUUCCUUAAUGAAUUGAUUCCUGAAAUAUCUUCCUACUUUACUGACAAAUUCUAUCAUGCUGGCGGUGAUGAAGUAAACCUGAAGUGCUGGAAAUCACUUAAUGAAAAAUCCUUAAUAGAUAAAUUUAUAACUAAUCUCUAUUCGAUAAUAAAAAACGAAGGGAAGAUACCAAUAACGUGGCAAGAAAUGAUUACGGAACACAAUCUAGAGUUACCGAAAGAUACAAUAGUCCAGGUGUGGAAAAAUCAUAUGACGGUGAAAGAGGUGGUGGAGAAAGGAUAUAGAGUUGUAACUGGCAGUGGAGAUUACUGGUAUUUGGAUUGCGGAUAUGGAGGAUGGCUUGGUAAUAAACCUUCGGGAGUAAGUUGGUGUGAUCCGUAUAAAACAUGGCAAAAGAUAUAUUCGUAUAAUCCUAUAAAUGAGUUAUCAGAUGAAGAGGCUAAAUUUGUUAUUGGAGGUGAAGUACUUUUAUGGUCUGAACAAUCAGAUCCUACAAACUAUGAACAACAACUAUGGCCACGUUCUUCUGCAGCUGCAGAAAUAUUAUGGUCCGGCCCUGAAGAUGUUAAUGGGAAUAGACGAACACCUGAUAAAGAUGUGUUAAAAAGAUUGAAUGAUUGGAGAUUUCGGAUGGUCGAACGAGGUAUACGAGCCGAACCAUUACAGCCAUUAUGGUGUGUUCGUACUGGACGAUGCGAUAUGCAUGAUUUAGCCUAA